GUUAUAUUUAUUCAACGGUGUCGUACCACAGUCUGAAAAACAUUUAAAUAUUUUUGAGCAUCAGUUAUUCAUCUUGAAAUUCCAAAUCGAAAUCGAUUGCUUGGCCGAAUCCUUCCAAAUCAUCAACAAAUUCUUCAGCACGAAUGUUCUUGAGAAAAUCAUAAAAAGGCUUCGCGUCAUCAUCGACAAGCGAACUCUUUUGUAUGCGAUGAACAAAAAGGCCGACCAAAACGUGGAAGGCAUCUAAAAGUUCCAGGACAGAAUCGGGCAGACAGAAAAAGGCUCCUUAACAAUAACAAAACUCACGUCAACACCCGAGGAAACGUUGUUAUUGAAAAAACGUUUAAUGAAAGCUUCGUUUGUCCAUGUUCAAAACAAUGCACUACAUCCGUACCAUUACGAUUGCGCAAGCGGCUUUUCAACCAUUAUUGGUCUAUUGGCGAAUUUUCGGGUCGUUGUGCAUAUUUAUUACGAAGCGUGUCUGAACAACUUAAAAAACGUUCAUACUCAAAAACACACUUGAGAAAUCGGCUAAUGUCUCGAAAGUAUACAAUCUUUGGUAUUGACGUUUGCAAAACAGCAUUGCUCAAAACAUUACAAAUCGGUCCUGGUCGAAUUACCGUAGCUUUAAAGAAGCUUAGUAAUGAGAAAUUUGUUGAUGAAAGGGGAAAGGCGAUUUGUGGAUGGAAUAAAUUUCCUUCAGCGAAAAGAGAAGAGGUGAAGAAUCAUAUAUCGUCGUUUCCUAAGUACGUGUCCCACUACACACGCAACCAAACAAAAUCGAAAUUUUUGCAUUCAUCUCUGAACUUAGGGAUUAUGUACCGAUUGUACAAAGAAAAAUUUCAAAACCCGGUCAGCAAAUCAUUUUACAAGAAAGUGUUUUAUGAAGAUUUCAAUCUUCGAUUCAAAGUAGCGAAGAAAGACACUUGCAAAAAGUGCGAUUAUUGCUUCGUGAAAUCUAAAACAGCUGUUGGAAUAGAUCGUCAGGUAAACGAUGAAUGGCAUAAAAGCCAUGUUGACCGUGCAGAUUUUCUAAGGAAAAAAAUGAACGACGAUCUGGAACGGGCAAAGAUUGACGACGAAAUUGAAACAUUGACGUUCGAUUUACAAAAGGUCCUCGUUCUGCCGAAGGUACCAACAAACAUCGUUUAUUAUCUCCGACAAUUGAACUUAUACAACUUUGGGAUACACGUCGGCAGUACUAAUCAAGGAAUUUUUAACGUGUGGCUCGAACAUGAAGCAUCUAAAGGGACACAAGAAGUCGGUUCAUGUUUAAGAAAGUAUAUAAUGUCCAUCUCUCAUCCAGUUAAGAAAUUACUGCUUUGGUCAGACUCAUGCGGGGGCCAAAACCGCAGCAUUAAGCUAGUAUUGAUGCUGAUGCAUACGCUACAGAAUCACCCAUCUUUGGAGACAAUUUCACUUCGUUUUUUGGAAUCUGGACACUCCUUCCUUCCGAACGACUCUGACUUUGGUGAUAUGGAGUGCAAACUGAAAACAAAUGAAAGAGUUUUCACCGAUGAAAAGUACAUGCAAAUCAUGCGGGACUGCCGAAUAAAUAACAAGUUUCAGGUCAACCGAAUGUCGCCCAACGUUGAUUUUCACUCAGUGGAUAAGCUGUUGCAAUACACAACCAACAGAAAAAAGGAUUCAAACAAAACGAAAGUUAGUUGGAUGGAGACGCAUGAAAUUGUCAUGGAAAAAUCGAAUCCGUUAACAAUCAAAAUGAAAAAGAUAAUUGAUGGGGAGAGUCAGUCAGUGAAUCUUGUGAAAAAGGGAUGCGAUGCAAACGGCUUUAAGGAUAUCAAGCUUGAGCUAUUGUGGCCAGAAGGAAGACCAUUAUCUCAAGAAAAAAUCAAAGAUUUGGAAACCAUGAUGUACCUUGUCGAUGAUGACGCGAAGCCUUUUUAUGAUUUUCUCAAGAACAUUCGUGCUGAAGAAUUUGUUGAUGAUUUGGAAGGAUUCGGCCAAGCAAUCGAUUUCGAUUUGGAAUUUCAAGAUGAAUAACUGAUGCUCAAAAAUAUUUAAAUGUUUUUCAGACUGUGGUACGACACCGUUGAAUAAAUAUAACUCAAAACGAAAAUGGCGC